CAUGUUAACAUUCUCUAAGGAAAUCUGAAAAAUGGGCCUAAAAGAGUUUUUCUUCCAGUGUCAAAUGUACACGAGCACUUCAAAUAACACAUCUCAUGUCAAGCGGCGUCCUGUUCCCGGGGCAGCGGUUUCCAGCCACUAGAGUCGGCGACUUAGGCUGGGCGGGGCUUCUGCAGAGACAGCUGUCAGCCCUCUGCUUGAAGCUGAUGAAGUGACGUCCUGCUCCAGGGUCUAGUCUGAGGCUCUGAGCUCGUGGACUUCGCAGCCCAUUCCCGCCUGACCCCGCAGGACCCCAGUCCGUCCCCUCCCGCCCUGGCCCCUCCUGCCCCGGACAAGGGUCGCUGGGUGAGGAAACUGAGUCUGGAGCCUCCAUUCGCAUUUGGGAGGAGGCUGCCAGAGGGGCCGCCGACUGCGGGAAGGGCUGGUGUCCAUAUCAAGUUCCCCCAGAUGCUAAGGCCUCUGCCUGCGGGAAUCAGCCACCGGUGAUCACGAGAUGCCUGUCACUCAGGCUGCUGGGGGCGGGUCCUAGAGAACUAUCCAGUCAUCCAAUCAGGGACUGUGCUUGGAGAAAAAUCAAACAGGAGGAGUGGGCUGGGGCCCAGAGAACUAUCUAUCCUUCCCAAUCAAGGAAACCUCAGGUACAGGGACACUGAAGUCUGUAGCACCAUCCAAUCAGGGUGCCGCAGCCACUAACUCGGUCCAAUCAGUUUCCGACAAUGGGCUGUUGCUGCCCUCCCGGGCUGGGCGUCCCCUCCUUCCGCGAGCAGUCCAGUGGCCAGUUCCUAGCGUGCUCACCAGCACCUGUCGCGGGCCGUGGGGAGCUUGACCCAGAUAACCCAGGAGUUGGGCCAGGAAAUGAUUUUUGGAUUUACGUUAGAACCAAUGGAUCAUGUCCUCAGCGGGAUAUUUUGGGGAACGAAGUAUUCAAUGGUGAGAAAAUUGUACAAUUCACAAGAAAUGAUUCCUUGUUUCUUUCUGGAGAAAACUGGAGGUUUUAUAACAUUGAGGAUCAGCACCCAAUCCCACAGAGCCGUUUGAGAAGCCAGUUGGUGAAGAGUCUCUAUGAAAGUAGUGAAAGUCAUCAAUGUGGAGAAACCUUGAGCCAGAUUGAAAACCUUAUUGUGCUCAAGAGUUAUCCUACAGAAGUUAGGGCUAAUGAUUGUAGUAAGUGCAGCAAAGUCUUCAAGAAUCAGCAAAAGUCUCACACUGGACAGAGACCUUAUUACUGUGAGGAAUGUGGGCAAGCCUGCAGUUGUCUCUUGUGCCAAAAUCCUCAUGUAGAAACCCCCAUUGUACAGAAACUCUAUAAAUUUCAGGACUCUGGGAGAGCAUCUAAGAAACAUGUUAAAAAUCUCAGCAGUAAAAUAUCUCUUGAAUGUAAGAAAUGUGGAAAAGUUUUCACUUGUCCCUCUUCUUUUAGGGGACAUGUGAAAGGUCAUUGUGGACAGAAAACACAUGCAUGUAAAGUAUGUGGGAAAACCUUCAUGUAUCACUCCUACCUUACACGACACAUAAGAACUCACACUGGAGAGAAACCCUAUGAAUGUAAGGAAUGUGGGAAAGCCUUCAGUUGUCCCUCAUACUUUCGAGAACAUGUUAGAACACACACUGGAGAGAAACCAUAUGAAUGUAAGCACUGUGGAAAAACAUUCGGUUGUUAUUCAUCUUUUAGAGAUCAUGUCAGAACACACACUGGAGAGAAACCCUGUCAAUGUAAACAUUGUGGAAAAGCCUUCACUUGUUACUCAUCUCUUCGAGAACAUGGGAGAACACAUAGUGGAGAAAAAAGCUAUGAAUGUAGCCAGUGUGGCAAAGCUUUCAGGUAUCCAUCAUCCCUGCGAGCACAUGUGAGAAUGCACACUGGAGAGAAGCCUUACACGUGUAAGCAGUGUGGAAAAGCCUUUGGUUGUCCCACUUACUUUAGAAGACAUGUGAAAACGCACAGUGGUGUGAAACCCUAUGAAUGUAAGGAGUGUGGGAAAGCCUAUAGUUUUUCUUCAUCCCUUCGAAUACAUGUGAGAACACACACUGGAGAGAAACCCUUUGAAUGUAAGCAAUGUGGGAAAGCCUUCAGUUGUCAGUCCUCCCUUCGAGAACAUGUGAGAACACAUAGUGGAGAGAAACCUUAUGAAUGUAAACAAUGUGGGAAAGCCUUCAGCCAUUCUCAGUAUUUUCAAAAACAUGUGAAGUCACACAGUGGAGUAAAACCCUAUGAAUGUACUGAAUGUGGGAAAGCCUACAGUUGUUCCUCAUCUCUUCAAGUGCAUGUGAGAAUGCACACUGGUGAGAGACCAUAUGAAUGCAAGCAGUGUGGGAAAACCUUCAGUUAUCUUACAACCCUUCAAGCACAUAUGAGAACACAUGCUGGAGAAUAAAACCACAAUAAAUAUUUGAAAGUGUUCAUUUAACCUUAAAACCUUAUUGUUAGUGCAAAAAAAAAAAAACUACAUUGGUAAGAAACUUUAUGUAUGUAGAGAAUGUGAGAAGACUUUCUGAUAUAGCAUUUAUCUUGCACAAGUAAACUCAGAAUAUGGGAGCAAUCUCUUGAAUAUUGUCAUCAUUGCUUUCUAAGUGUCUCAGCCUUAAUAGUAAUUCCUAGGGUAUUAAUUUCUAAUUCAUGUUUAGACAUAAACAGACAAUAUCCUGUUUUGUACCUUUUCAGCUAUAUAGGACUUUUAAACAAUUGUGUGGUUAUUAAAAACCUUUCUCAUUUCCAUUACAAUGUCUUUUGGACCUAGAGAUAAUUAGGUGGGUUUUUAUUUUCAUGUACAGCUUGACAUGGUUUUAUUUACUUAUCUAUUUAUCUACCCACCUACCUGCCUAUUUAUUUAUUUAUUUAGAGACAGAUCUCUGUUGCCCUGAGUUGAGUGCCAUGGCAUUAUCAUAGCUCAUAGAAAUCUCAAACCGUUGCACUCAAUCGAUCCUCCUGCCUCACCUUCCCAGAGUGCUAGGAUUACAGGCAUGAACUGCCUCUCCCAGCUUUAGACUGUUGUUCUUUAUCUGGUAUCACAGUUGUGUCACCUAUUACCUAUUUCAUCAUAUAAAAAAGGUCUUUAGAGGACAAAAAACUUCAAAUUCAUUUUGUGUAUGUGAAAAUUUUCAUCCAGCUAGACAAUGCAAGUGGUUGGACAAAAUUUUGUAAUGCAGGAGUCAACAUCUUAUCUUUUUUUGGCCACAGUAAUCAAAACUUAUCCAAAUAUAAUUAUUUAUCAAGUCUUAUCCAUGAUGUCUUGAAAUGAAUACAUGAAAGAACCUAGUUCUUUGAACUCUGUGAAAGCCAUUGUAGACCAAUUUCCAUAAUUCAUCUCAGUGCUGUAGCAUGACCACCUCAUAUGAUUGGUAACACAGUCCCUUUUCACAGAUGAGAAACUGAGGCUAAGAGGAGUAUCACAAGUAAUGGUGGUUUUUGCAUUGUUGAAAUUUGCUGUUUGAUACUGACAUACAUUCUUAAAUAA